AGUUUUUGUCGUUUUGAUUUUUGAAUAAGCAUAAUCCGCUCUCGCUUUUGAAUGCAUGUUCGUUCGCCAGUGGUGAUUGUGUUGUUCCUCAGCUCUGUUCUGGCGGUGAUAGAUGCUCAAGCCGGUCAUGUUCUUAUCUACCGGUUCGUGGCGUUCCAGUUUCUCAACUCCACUCGUCUGGCUUGCUCUGGAGUACUGAAGACCACUACUAACUGAUCGGGACUAGUCCAAUCGAGUUCAGUACGCUGAUGUCACCUUGUGUACCACACUGGACUGUCGACGACUGGGUUCCAAAUUUCUACCAUGAACUGAAUGUUUGCUGGAUUGAUGGGAAUCGAACUUAUGUCCCUAUGGAAAGGCUAUUUUUUAGCCAUCCUCUGUCUUCCUGCUGUAUGGUUCGUUAUACAACUCACUCUGUUAGUUUCUCAACCAAUAGUGUUGGAUGGCAGUGGUUUCCUGCGACUAUAUGUAGACGACUCGACCACCACCAAUGGCGGGGAGUCACCCACUGAGGGGCUGAUGGCUAUGCACAGUGAUGAAAACUUUACAAAGUCACUCAGCGAGGAAGACCUUGGUCAGCUUCUGCUGAACUUGGCCCAGGACCUGUCCAAGGAUGAUAUCAUGGACCAGUUGGACGCGAACAUGUCUGCUAGUGGUCGAGUGUUGCACACUGUUCAGGCUGUGAAUGAAGUGCUGUGCGGGCCAUUCUGCUCCAGUGGUUCUUCUGUUGCAUCCGCUGUUGGUCGCAGUGGCCAGCGUUCGCUGCGCAAUAGCCGUGUUCGAAGUUUUAAACGUACUGUUGAGCGCACCGAUGGCAGUUUUCGGGUUCUAAUCUUAUCCAAGUCGGCGCCGGCCUACUUGACACGGCGGAAGCAGAUGCGCGACACCUGGCUGAAGCAUGCAAAGAUGCACUCGUCUGAGAUAUCAUCUACAACGCGGACCGUUCAAAGUUCUUGCCUCAAGGGAGGACAGUGCCGAUAUGGAAAUAUGCUUUGGUAUAAUCGCUUCUUGGUGGGCUUAACCAGUCAAGCAUCGGCCAUGGAAGCGUUAUCAUGGGAAGCAAAGCAAUACGGCGAUAUCUUGCUGAGCCCAUACACCGAUCGUUAUGAUCGCAUCACGUGGAAGAUCAUGUGGGCGCUAAACUGGACUGCACAGUUCAUGGACUAUUCAUAUCUGGUCUUUGUUGAUGAUGACUGCUUUCUGCAAAUGUCAGAGCUCUACAACUUUUUGUCCGACGCCCCACGCUCAAAGGUUUACGCUGGGAGAGUGCCUUAUGACUAUGCCAUUGUCAACCGAAACUCGUCCAGCAAGUGGUUCGUCGACAAACGUGUUUUCGGUGGGCUCUUCUAUCCCACGUAUGUCUGGGGUGCGUGUUUGAUUAUGACGAAAGAUGUCUCUCGCUUAACUGCCAGUGCAGCCCGUGCCUGGCAACCAUGGUUUGGCAUUGAUGAUGCGUACGUUGGAAUGUUGGUGCGUGCCGUUGGUGUAAAUGUCACCAACGUCGGGAACAUCCAUGCCGAUGAGUUUCAGUACGACGGAUGCAAUGCAGAGCAUGGCAGGCAAGAGCCGAUCCUUGUCGUGGCAACGAGUGCAGAGCACCUCCUGCAGAUGUAUCACGCUGCGGUGCAAGGCCGAUCGCUGUGCCCACUGGUGUACAGCAAGAAGAGAAAACGCUGUCAGAUCUGCCGCCUGUGGGUCUUUCUGCUUGUGUGUCCUGUGGUGUGUUGUCUUAUUCUGUUCCGACGCUACUUGCUCUCACAGUUUUAUGUUUGUAGUGAGAUCUCACACGCUUGUCUUACGCUGUAGCUGGUUUCACAGUGUGAUGAUUGCUGUACUUUUUCAAUACUUGCUUUUAGACUGCUUAUAUCAUAGCCAACAAUGUGUGUGUAUGAGUAUACUUGACUUUUUUGACGAACAAAUGGAUCUUUCCCGCGUAACCAACGGAUUAUACUAUGUGCAUCUCCUAUUGACGUGGUUACCCCUGAUCUUGAUUGUUGCUAACUGGGUUUUUUCUUCACUUUAUUUUCUUGUGCUCUCUUGUUUUCAUUCUUUUUACUGGUUCAGUUGAUCUGCCUGUGCACUGGACUUGUGUGGUACAAGUACAAACUAACCCAAAAUUUUUUUAAAGCAA